AUGAGUGCAGCGGGAUUUUCUCGCCUCGGUUGGACGGUCCCCCCUGCUGCUCUCGGCCUACUGGGUAGUGGGGUGCUUUACAAUACAAGGGAACGGUCUCAUGUCAAUGGUCACACCUUGCAAGUUGACUCAAAGGCAUAUUUCUCUGUUGCCUCGGUGCUCAAUGGCAGCGAUCGAUCUGGGAGAGUAGGUCCAGGGAGCCCUGGCUCCGACGAUAGCGGUCAAUAUGGGGAGGCGGGGUCGAUAUGGGCGAACAUUAUGCAUAAGUUUGACGGUGUGAAACAGACGGUGGGUUCUGCCGAUUGGAUUGAGCUUGACAGCAUCAAGAAGUCUAUUAUCCCGGAUUGGACCUCGCUGCUUCCGGUCACAGUGCAGAAACUCCAGCGUGAGCUCUCUAUGGCCCCCGGUUCCCUCUCAGACGAAAUAUGGAAAGAAGCGCACGAUCCAGACAUCCACCCCGAAAUACUACAAGAUGCCAGAGUUCGUGUCGGACAGUCGUUGUGCGACGAGGAGAAGACAUUCAGGCGAAAACGACAAGAGCGCGCCGUCAAAGCGCUGGCUUCCUACUUGAGCAUUCCAGAGGACGACAUACAUCCAGACGACGUGCCGAUAAUUGCUAUGUGCGGCUCGGGAGGUGGUCUGCGCGCCCUCGUGGCUGGGACUGGCUCAUACCUUGCUGCUCAAGAAGUGGGUUUAUGGGACUGUGUGACAUACACAGCUGGCGUCAGUGGCAGUUGCUGGCUGCAGACCCUAUACCAUUCAUCGAUCACCGGUCGGAAUUACAAUCGACUAGUGGAUCACCUGAAGAACAGACUGGGUGUACACAUCGCGUUUCCACCCAAGGCCCUCCAUUUACUCACCACUGCCCCGACCAAUAAGUACCUCCUCAGCGGGUUAGUCGAGAAAUUGAAAGGCGACCCUGGCGCAGAUUUUGGCUUGGUGGAUAUCUAUGGCAUGUUACUGGCCGCCAGACUCCUGGUACCUAAGGGAGAGUUAGGAGUUUCGGAACAAGACUUGAAAUUGUCUAAUCAGAGGUUCAACAUUCGCGAUGGAGCUCACCCGAUGCCUAUCUACACGGCCGUACGCCAUGAGAUUCCUGUUCUUGAGGUCGAAGAAGACGGAAAAUCGAAGAAGCAGCCAAAGCCCGAAACGCUGAUUAAAGAGUCACAAGCCGAAGCAUGGUUUCAAUGGUUUGAAUUCACCCCGUACGAAUUCUUCUGUGAAGAGCUGGGUGCAGGCAUCCCUACAUGGGCCUUGGGAAGACAUUUCGAAGGAGGCCACAACGUAAUACCUGAAGGAGAAUAUCCAUUGCCCGAGCUUCGCGUCCCUGGACUGAUGGGUGUGUGGGGCAGUGCUUUCUGCGCGACGCUCUCUCAUUAUUACAAGGAAAUUCGUCCAGUUGUGAGAGGCAUAGUUGGUUUCGGCGGUAUCGACUCUCUGAUCCAAGGAAAGACGAAAGACUUGGUCCGUGUGCAUCCCAUCGACCCUGCAACGAUUCCAAACUAUGUACUAGGCAUGAAGGAUCAACUGCCCCCCUCCUGUCCGGAGUCGAUUUUCCGAAGCGAACAUCUUCGGCUUAUGGAUGCAGGGAUGAGCAACAAUCUGCCCAUCUAUCCUCUUCUGCGGCCUGGCAGGGAUAUCGAUAUCAUCGUGGCGUUUGAUGCUUCGGCUGACAUCAAGCAAGAGAACUGGCUUUCUGUAGCUGAUGGUUAUGCUCGUCAACGCGGCAUCAAGGGAUGGCCAAUCGGAGCCGGCUGGCCUCAAGGGGGUACCGGAUUAAAGGAGACCGAAGACAAAUUACGAGAGGCGCAGAAUAUCACACAAGACGCGGUAGACGAAAAGUUGUCAAAGGCUCAAAGUGAACACCAGCAUGGCCAGGGACAGCGAACCACUACACCCAGGGGUGUUAUUUCCGAUCACCAAGACCAGGCUGCAGGGGACCGACCAACGCCCCGGGAGAAUGAUCUGGAUUACUGCAACGUCUGGGUCGGAACGAAGCAGGAGAUGGUGUCUGAUAAAGAACCACCACCAUCCAAACGCCUGUUCAGUCCCCACAACGGCGACCAUUCCGAAUCCGACUUCCACUUGAUGCACCCCGACGCAGGCAUCGCGGUCGUCUACUUCCCAUUGCUCCCCAACCCUGCCGCUCCGGAACUCCCGUCAAGCUCUUCGCUGUCUAAACCACGUCCUCCUGCACAAGAGUCAGAUACAACGUCUUCCAGCGAGGUCCAUGAUCCCGCUCGCCCUCUGGCGCCCCAUCCUGGCAAAAUUGAUCCAGACGUGGACGAUUUCCUGUCCACGUGGAACUUUGUGUACACGCCUGAGCAGAUUGACUCUGUCAUCGGGCUUGCCAAAGCGAACUUCGCGCAGGGUGAAAAGCAGAUGAAGCGCGUGGUGCGCGCAGUGUAUGAGCGUAAGAAGUCUGACCGGCUUCGACGGGAGGAGCAAAUGCAGAGGCGGCGACUGGAAGGAUUUGUGCCGAUCUAA